AUGGGUUGUGGAUCAUCGAAAGCUACAAAAGUUGUUCCUAAUUCUACAACGUCUCAGGACGAGACGAAAAACCAAAAGAAGCAAAUACUCAGUUCUUCAUCGCAACAGAUCCCAGCCAAAAGAGCAACAAGCGCAACAUCCACGACCAACUCGGCAGUGGUAAAACUAUCCACUGGCGGCAAAAAAUCUCCCAAUCCUUCCAUCCUUACACAAUAUGAUCUUAACCAAAAUUUGGUUAUUAUUUGGGUAGACUCUCAAAUACAUAAAACUGAAAAACUCUAUCAAGAUUCAAUUACCAAACUUCAACGUAUUACCAAUUUGAUUCAUAAAUUUACAAAAUCUGAUGAAUGCAUUCAAUGUCUAGAUACGAUUAACGAUAAGAUAGUUUUUCUUAUUGUUUCUGAUACAAUCGGUGAACAACUCAUACCAUUAGUUUUCAAUAAACCACAACUUGAAUAUAUUUAUAUUUUCAAUCCAGAAAAACAAUUUCGAAUAAAUUGGGCUAAUAAAUGGGUAGGAAAAGUCAAAGGAAUUUAUCAUCAUAUGGAACAAAUAUUUCAAGCUAUUAAAUUUGAUAGUGGUCAAAUAGGUAGUUUAACUCCAAUUAGUAUUUUAACAAAGAAAGAUAUCGAGAAAAAAGAUUAUGAGUCUAAUGAGCUUGACAAAUCAUUUAUGUAUACACAAUUACUAAAAGAAAAUCUACUCGAUAUGGAAUAUGAUUAUAAAGCGAAAACUACACUUGUUGAAUAUUGUCGUAUUAAAUAUGCUGAUAGUGAUUAUCAAUUGAGUCUUAUUGAUGAAUUUGAUAUUGAAUAUAAUAAACAAUUAGCUAUUGAAUGGUAUACAAAAGAAUCUUUUUUGUAUCCAAUGAUGAAUCGUGCAUUAAGAUCUCAAGAUAUUGAAACGAUUAUGAAAAUGGGAUUUUUUAUUUCGGAUCUUCAUAAACAAAUUGAAAAAAUGUAUAAUGAUCAAAAGAAUCAACAUGAAAUAAUGACUGUCUAUCGUGGUCAAAGUAUAUUAUUAGAAGAGUUCGAUAAAUUAAAAAAUAGUAUCGGUGGUCUUCUUUCAUUUAACAGUUUUCUAUCAACAAGUAGCGAGUUAAGUGUUUCAGCACAAUUCGCCAUACGUGCAGCAGAAAGUCCAAAGGUUAAUGGCGUACUCUUCCAAAUGAUCAUCGAUCCACAAAAAUCAUCGGUUCCAUGGGCUUAUUUAAGAGAAAAUAGUUCUUAUAAAUAUGAAAAUGAAAUUCUUUUCUCUAUGCAUACGAUUUUUCGUAUUAUCGAUAUUCAACAUAUUCAAGAUCAAUAUUGGCUUGUUAAUCUAAAUUUAACAAGUGAUAAUGAUCAAACACUUAAUACACUAACAGAUUAUUUUAGAAAAGAGAUUGAAGGUGGUACUCCUUUAGAUCGAAUAGGACAUUUGAUGCUGAAAAUGGGCGAAUUCGAUCAAGCAGAGGGAAUUUAUGAUGCACAACUCAAUUCCGAAAGUGAAAAAACUUGGCGCAAACAAGUUCAUCUUAAUCAUCAACUUGGAUAUGUUUAUAGUGAAAAGGGUGAUUAUAUGGUUGCCUUAUCAUAUUAUGAAAAGGCAAUUGAAAUCGAAGAAGCGAAUGUCUCUGACAAAGACUCAUCACUGGCUUCUACCUACAAUAAUAUUGCUAGUGUAUAUCAUAAAAUGGGAAACAAUUCGUCGGCUCUAUCCUAUUAUAAAAAAGCACUCGCAAUUGAACAAAAAUCUCAUUCUUCUGAUCAUCCUUCAAUCGCUACUACUUAUAAUAAUUUGGGAUCAGUUCAUAGUUCAUUGGGUGAUUACGCAGCUGCGCUUAAUUUCUACAAGAAAACACUUACAAUACGGCAAAAAACUCUUCCUGCCAAUCAUCCAGAUUUCGGUAGUAUUUAUAAUAAUAUUGGAUCGUCUUAUAGUUCAUUGGGUGAUAAAGAAACUGCACUCUCAUUCUAUCAAAAGUCUCUUGAAAUUCAAGAAAAAAUUCUUCCUUCUACACAUGUAGAUCUAGCAACAACUUAUGCUAACAUGGGUACAAUAUAUAAUUCAAUGGGAGAUCAUUUGAAAGCACUUGAAUAUCAUAGAAAAUCUCUCAGAAUUCGAGAAAUAUCACUACCAUCGAAUCAUCCUGAUAUAGCUAUGUGUUACAGCAACAUUGGUUCAGUACAUGAUUCAAUGGAAGAUUAUGCAAGUGCAUUAUCAUUUUUUGAAAAAUCACUCGAUAUUCAACGAAAAUCUCUUUCUGAAGAUCAUAUAAGUUUUGCUCACGUUUAUGAUAAUCUUGGUUCGGUCUAUAAUUCAAUGGAUGAUAAAUCAAAAGCACAAAUUUAUUAUCAAAAAGCUUUUGAUAUUCGUCAAAAAUUUCUUAAUGAUAAUCAUCCUGAUAUGGCUCAUAGUUAUAAUAAUCUUGGUACAAUUUAUAGUUCAAUGGGAGAUAAAUCAAAAGCACUUACUCAUUAUGAAAAAGCACUUGAAAUUCAACAAAAAUCUCUUUCGGUGAAUCAUCCAAAUUUAGCUAAUACUUACAACAAUAUUGGUUCAAUUUAUAAUUCAAUGAAAGAUUAUUCAACUGCAUUAUCAUCAUAUGAAAAAGCACUUUCUAUUCAACAAAGUUCCAAAUCAACGAAAGAUCAAUCAAUAGCAAAAACAUUUUACAAUAUUGGAUUUACAUAUUAUCAAAUGAAAAAUUAUCCAAAAGCUAUCUCAUUCUCUGAACAAGCAUUAACUAUACAGCAGAAAUUAUCACCACCGAAUCAUUUUGAUUUAGCUAAUACGUAUGAUAUCAUUGGUGGUACAUAUUACGACAUGAAAAAUUAUCAAAGUGCAAUUUCAUUUUAUACAGAAACUUAUACAAUACGUGAAAAAUAUUUUUCUAAUGAAAAAUCAAGAUUAGCAAAUACGUAUUAUAACAUUGCUGUUGCAUACAAUGCUAUCAAUGAUCAUUCGAAUGCAUUAUCAUUUUAUGAAAAAACACUUUCUAUUCGUGAAAAAUAUCCUGACGAAAAUGAGUUAUUAUUGGCUAAUAUAUAUAGUAAUAUGGGAUCAAUUUAUCAUUCAAUGAAAAAUUAUCAAAGAGCUAUCAGUUAUUAUCAAAAAGCAAUGGUCAUUCAACAAAGAAAAUUAUCAAAAGAUGAUUAUUCGUUAUCAACUACCUAUAAUAAUAUUGCUAUCGCGUAUAACUCUAUGGAAGAUAAUGAAAAUGCUCUUAAAUUUUAUGAAAAAGCACUUAUCAUUCGAGAGAAGUCCCAGUCCGACGAUAAUAUUUCUUCAUUAGCGGGAAUCUAUAAUAAUAUGGCAUUUAUUUAUCAUUCAAUAAAAAAUUAUUCCGAGGCUAUCAAUUAUUAUCAAAAAGCGAUACUAAUUCAAGAGAAAAUACUUUCUUCAGAUGAUUCAUUUUUAGGAACAACAUAUAAUAAUAUUGCUGUUGCUUAUGAUUGUAUGGAAGAUAAACAAAAUUCUCUAAUAUUUCAUCGAAAAGCACUUGUUAUACGAGAGAAAACUCUUUCUACCAAUGAUCCAGCAUUAGCUUCAACUUUUAGCAGUAUGGCAUCGAUAUAUAAUUCAAUGGAAAAUUAUUCCGAGGCUGUUAUGUUCUAUGAAAAAGCUUUAAAAAUACUGGAACGAACGCUUUCUUCAGAUGAUGCAACAUUAGGAACUACUUACAAUAAUAUUGCUGUCGCUUAUAAUUGCAUGGAUGAUAAAAAUAAUGCUCUUUUAUUUUAUCAAAAAUCUUUAUCGAUUCGAGAAAAAAUCCUUUCUCCGAAUGAUUCAUCAUUAUCUCCAAUUUAUAGUAGUAUGGCUUCGAUUUAUUCAUCUAUGAAUAUGAAAACAGAUGCUGUUAAAUUUUACGAAAAAUCACUCGAGAUUCAAGAAGCAUUAUCAUCUCCGAAUCGUUCAUCUUUGUAUGUAAUUCAUUUCAAUGCAGCAAGGGCCUAUGAAGAUCUUGGAAAUUAUGAGGCAGCUAUAAAACAUGCCGAACGUUCACUUUUUCAUGCUCGUUCAGCUUUCGGUUCAGAUGAUGGGAAAGUACAAAGUGUUAAAAAUUAUGUUGACAUACUCCGCAAAAAGUUAUAA